GAAAUAGUUUCGAACUUUAAAGAUACACGUCAAGAAUCUGUAUUGACGUCAAUCGGCACAUCUUUAACGAACGAUCUGAUUGGGCACAGCCCGUAAAAGGUGAUUUCGACCAAUCAAAAAGGUCCACAUUUAUCUGCACUCGACUAUGCAACAACCUACGCUGCGCUGGCUCGCUGUACGUUUUCUCCGUACGUACGUACACGUACUAUACUACACACCACACGCGGACUUUUCGUCUCCGCCGAAAGCUUCCCGAUCUAUCUCCACGAAUUGCCGUCGGACGAUGUGGUAGCGUUGUGCAUUCACAGCGACUUGUUAUAAACCUGAGUCGUAUGCCCGAGGAGAGGAUUUUUAUUUUAACGUGAUAUUCGUGCACCCCUUAGUCUAUUUUCAAAUAAUUUAUAGAAUAAUUUAACCUUGACCCGGUGGAAUAUCCUGCUUUUUGAAACUGAAGCGAACCGUUCAGUUACUGCGUGGAAGCGGAUCGUCUGGUGUGCACGGCCCGAGUGUUCAGCCGACAUUGAAGGAAGGUUACACGUGCAUGUUUCUCGUGUUUUCGAGAAGGAAAGUUUUUCCGUUUGCAGUCUAGAUUUGGGAUUUUUUUUUACAUUGCACUGAGUUCAUCUAAAUCCAUUGAAGGUUGUCAAGGACGUACAUUAUGGAUCUAGCGCAUACACGGACACGGGAGGAGGUCCUUCAGCAUUUUGAUGUGAAGGAAGGAAUUGGCCUGUCCCCCCAUGUAGUCACACAGCGUAUUGCUAAAUACGGAUACAAUGAGUUGCCUGCAGAAGAAGGCAAGCCUCUGUGGCAGUUGGUACUGGAACAGUUCGAUGACCUCCUUGUCAAGAUCCUGCUUCUAGCAGCAGUCAUCUCCUUUAUUCUUGCAUUGUUUGAGGAAGAUGAAGAUGAGAAAGUGACAGCCUUUGUGGAGCCGUUUGUCAUCCUACUCAUCUUGAUCGCCAAUGCCGUAGUAGGAGUAUGGCAGGAGCGCAAUGCGGAGAGCGCCAUCGAGGCGCUGAAGGAGUACGAGCCGGAGAUCGCCAAGGUCGUACGUCAAGACAAGAACGGUGUCCAGAGGAUACGAGCCAGGGAGCUGGUGCCAGGAGAUAUUGUAGAAAUCUCAGUUGGUGACAAGAUUCCUGCUGAUGUUCGUAUCACUAUCAUCAAGUCCACUACACUGAGGGUAGACCAGGCUCUUCUCACUGGUGAGUCAGUGUCUGUCAUGAAACAGGUUGAAGAAAUCCCAGACCCAAGGGCCGUCAACCAAGACAAGAAAAACAUCCUCUUCUCGGGUACAAAUAUUGCUGCUGGAAAAUGCAGUGGAGUAGUCAUCGGCACUGGUUUGUCUACAGAGAUCGGCAAGAUCCGUACAGAGAUGGUGGAGACAGAGACAGAGAAAACGCCACUCGCACAGAAGCUGGAUGAAUUCGGUGAACAGCUUUCAAAGGUCAUCUCCGUAAUCUGUGUGACGGUAUGGGCCAUCAACAUCGGUCACUUCUCAGACCCGUCUCACGGAGGUUCCUGGGUCAAGGGUGCUGUCUACUACUUCAAGAUCGCCGUAGCUCUGGCUGUAGCUGCCAUCCCUGAGGGUCUCCCAACCAUCAUCACCACCUGCCUUGCCCUCGGAACACGUCGAAUGGCCAAGAAGAAUGCCAUCGUCAGGAGCCUGCCAUCUGUUGAGACUCUGGGAUGUACCUCCGUCAUCUGCUCUGAUAAGACUGGUACUCUAACCACCAACCAGAUGUCUGCAUCUAGGUUCUUUUUACUUAAGGAUGUACAGGGUGACACUGCCAACUUCAAUGAAUUUUCAGUUAGCGGAGUAACCUAUGAACCCAAGGGAGAGGUGUUCAUUGAUGGUAGGAGAGCUGACCUUGGAGCGUAUGCUGCAUUACCAGAGUUAGCUACUAUAUGUGCUGUGUGCAAUGACUCGUCCAUUGACUACAAUGACGCAAAGGGCUUCUACGAGAAGGUCGGUGAGGCGACUGAGACGGCCCUGACCGUCCUGGUGGAGAAGAUGAACAUCAUGGGUACCGACCUGUCAAGGUUGUCCAAGUCUCAGCUGUCCAACGCUUGCAACCAGGCUCUGCUUUCACGCUACAACAAGGACGUCACCUUGGAGUUCAGCAGAGAUAGGAAGUCCAUGAGCGUCUACUGCUCACCAUCCAAGACCUCACAGGAGAAGGGAAAUAAGAUGUUUGUCAAGGGUGCACCUGAGGGAAUCCUGGACAGGUGUAACAGCGUGAGGAUUGGAUCUACCAAGGUACCUCUGACUCCUAGCGUCAAGACUCAGAUCAUAGAGAAGAUCCAGUCCUAUGGUACAGGUCGUGAUGCCCUUCGUUGUCUUGGUAUGGCCACCGUGGACAACCCCAUCAAGAAGGAGGAGAUGGAUCUGGAGAAUUCUGUCAACUUCGGCAAGUAUGAGAGCAACAUGACGUUUGUUGGAUGUGUAGCCAUGCUUGACCCUCCCCGUGCCGAGGUCAAGAGCUCCAUCGAGGAGUGUCGUCUAGCCGGUAUCAGGGUCAUCGUCAUCACUGGUGACAACAAGGCUACAGCUGAAGCCAUCUGCAGGAAGAUCGGAGUGUUUGGACCUGAUGAAUCCACUGAAGGUCUGUCGUAUUCUGGUCGUGAGCUGGAUGACUUGAGUCCCGCUGAACAGAAAGCUGCCUGUCUUCGUUCCAGACUCUUCUCGCGUGUGGAACCCUCCCACAAGAGCAAGAUCGUUGAUUACCUGCAAAGCGACGGAGAGAUCACAGCUAUGACCGGUGAUGGUGUAAACGACGCCCCUGCCCUAAAGAAGGCUGAGAUCGGUAUCGCCAUGGGAUCAGGAACAGCUGUCGCCAAGAGUGCAUCAGAGAUGGUGUUGGCUGAUGAUAACUUCUCUACCAUUGUAACUGCCGUGGAAGAGGGACGUGCAAUCUACAACAACAUGAAGCAGUUUAUCCGAUACCUCAUCUCAUCCAACAUUGGAGAAGUCGUCAGUAUCUUCUUGACCGCUGCCCUUGGAAUGCCCGAAGCCCUCAUCCCUGUCCAGCUUCUGUGGGUCAACCUUGUGACUGACGGUCUCCCUGCCACUGCCCUGGGCUUCAACGGACCUGACAUUGAUAUCAUGACCAAGCCUCCCCGUAACUCUAGGGAACCCCUCAUCAGCGGCUGGCUCUUCUUCCGCUACAUGGCCAUCGGAAUUUAUGUUGGAGCAGCUACAGUAGGUGCGUCAGCUUGGUGGUUUAUGUUCUAUGAAGACGGACCUCAUCUCUCAUUUUGGCAGCUGACUCAUCACUUGCAGUGCCCAUUGGAACCCAAGAACUUCAAGAAGCUUGACUGUGACGUCUUUCAAGACCCACAUUCCAUGACCAUGGCUCUGUCUGUACUGGUCACUAUCGAGAUGUUGAACUCCCUCAACAGCUUGAGUGAAAACCAGUCUCUAACAGUGAUGCCUCCAUGGUCCAACAUGUGGCUUCUAGGAGCUAUUGCUCUGUCUAUGAGUCUUCACUUUGUUAUCCUUUAUGUUGACGUCCUAUCAACUGUGUUCCAGAUCACUCCCCUCAACCUGGCGGAAUGGAUGGCGGUAAUGAAGAUCUCGCUACCGGUCAUCUUACUGGACGAGAUGCUCAAAUUUAUGGCCAGGAGUACCGGUCAAGAGAGUUCCAACUACUUGGGAAGAAAAUGAAGUCUUGACGCCCCAAGACAGAGUUCUUCCACCGAGACAGGAACAAAGAAACGGAUGAGAAUUGGACAGCCUUUGAUACCGCACCUGUGAAAUAUAACUACCACCAUUCUAUUGGAUAUCAAAGGGUCGAACGUGAAUGCAUAUUGGUGGAGAUAAUUAGAGUUUUGGAUUACGAAAUGGAGUUUGAAGAUGAAUAUUGAUUGCCUAGUCAUUGGUUUGAUUUCAAGUUAAUCCAGGGCUGUUUUACAAGCCAGAAUCCGGGUUUUCAGUCCCGAUUGGAUUGAAAAUAGGUUGAUGUUUUAUUAGUUGGAGAUUGCGUGCAGAAAUAUCUUUCUUUUUAUGCAAUUUUCAUAGUGAAAUUAUGAAGAGUUGUAUAGGACUAUUUGUAUUUAAACUUAGCAAUACAAAGACAAACUUCAUAGUGUGUAGGUAUGAUGUUUGAUACACAAAAGGAGUUGUCAGAUAAUGAUCCCUUUUCAAAUAAAGAAAAAUAUUGAAAAAAAUGUAGAAGUUAGAUGUUUAUGUAUUCACAUUUAAUUAUUCAAAAGCAUUAAAUUCACAUUGGAUCUAGUGGUUUAUGCACAUGUAUGAUAAAUCUAGUCGUUUCUUUGCUUUUCUCUUUUUGAAUUGUAUUUCCUUGCUUUGCUUUUGAUCUUAGUUCAUAACUUGUAUUUUCUUCAAGUUCAUUUUACUGAGAGCAGUGUAAGCAAAAUGUGAAGGUUUUUAGUUGAAUUAUGAACACUUUUAUUAAAAAUACAUCUCAAUCUCUCUCUCAUACACACUAUUGUAUGAUCAGUGAAUAAUUUCUUUUGGUUAUUUGAUAAGCUCUUAAACGUGCAUAACUCUACUGCACCAAGUCCAUUUAUUUGAUUAAAUCUCCACAGCAUUGCACAGUAAAUUUCAAAUUGUCAUGGUGAUAAUUUUUUUUUCUACAAGCAUUUUCAACCGAAGAUGAAAACAAUAUUUAUGACAUGAUUGGAAUGCAAUCACUGUAAGUUAUUCAAAUUUGUUAUUCGAUUAGAGAUUAUAGUUAAACACCCAAAGAAUGCAAUAUAUUAGGAUAUCUUUUCACUGUUAUUGUGAGAGAAAGAAAAAAGAGAAAAAAGAAAAAAGGUGUAUAUAUUUACUAGAAAGGUAUAGCACACAAGUUGAAUGUAAAGUGCUUGUUUCUUUAAACUUUUUAAUUAUAAACAUGUGCCUACACAGAUGGGAUCAAAUACAUAGUAAAGUAAACAUUUUGUAAUUUCCAUUUCAAGAAAAGAAAGCCAAGUUUUGAAAUUUAUAACAGCAUCAUAAAGAGCUAAUAAUUUUGCUUACAUGGUACAUGUAGCUCCGUUUUUACUGGAAAUUUUCAUUAAAAGUCAUGGGAUAUUAAAAAUAUGUGAAUAAGAUACUGCUCUCAAUAACUCUCUCCACUUAUUUUCAGCAAUGUUUUAAUAAUCCUAUGCAUUCAUGUGUAAUACCUAUUUGAAAAGAUAAGGGAAAAACCCCACGUGAUGUCCUUGAUUACAAAUCACCAUUAUACACUGCCUAAUUUAUUGAUCAGUGAUGCAGCAUAUUGUAAUAGCCCAAUAUUUUCUUAAUUCUCAUUUCGGGGAUGCCCCACUAUGUGGAUUGUGUUAUAUCUAUUAUAGUUGAUGAUUUUGCCUAUAUAUAUUUGAUUGUGUGAUUUUCUAUUUGAUAAAGGUAAAUGUGUGAUUGUGCAAGAGAGAGAGAGAGAGAGAGAGAGAGAGAGAGAGGGGAGAGAGAGAGAGGGAGAGAGAUUAAGACUAAACGCAACACAAAGAUGUUGCUGCGCAGUUGAACUGCAACUACUUGUACAGUCUAUUCUUAGUCAGAGGAAUUUUUGAAAUUCAGGUAAACUUGCACCAUCGAUUGCAUGGUAACUGCAAGAAAAGCACACUGAUUAAUUGUAAUAGAGAUAUCAGAUGUAUAUGUAAUACAGGGAUUUAUCAAGUUAAACUGGUUUCUUAGUCAUAAAUGACUUUGUAGAAACCAUAGAAAAUAACAAUCUCACUUUUGGUAUUGAUAAUUUGAUAUGUGUCAAAAAAACAUUCAGGGAUUUUUUUUUUCAUGAACUUUUGCUAUUUUGAUAUACUGAUGUUUGGGAAGUUUAUCAAUACUGAACUAUUUUAAUUUACUGUGAUGCAACUCAUUUUGAUAUAAAAUAGCCACCCAUUGAUCUGAAAUUGCAUAUUCAGUCCAUUUGAAAAGCCCCCAAUCCCAAAAUACAAACAGUAAGUUUUUAAAAGCAAGAAGGUAAGCAAAAUGAGGAGAAAUUUGAAAAAGAAUAGAAACAUGAAUUUAUAUAUUUACUGUACUUAACUUUUUUUUUUUAAUUUGUCAUUUACUGUCAUACUGAUCAUUUAAUCAUUACAGUGGGGAGUUUUAAACGAGAAGAUACUAACCAUGACAUUUUUGACAAUGACAAUUACCUGAAUCGAAACAAAAUGAAAUAUCAGAGCAUAGCGUUCCUCUCUUUAGGACAUUCCUAGAUAUAAUUUUGAAAUGUAUUUUUGACAUUACGAUUUGUGAUAUACCAGGGUCAACGCAUCAUCAUAUAAUCAAGUAUUCUUUCAUUUAAUUUUGUUUGAUAGAGGCCAUUAAAUAUUUAGGUCAGGUAUUCAAAAAGUUUUACUUGUUGGUGAUUGAAAGAAGCACAAAGCUUUGAUAUCUUGGUGCUGGUAACAAAGCAUGUUGUAAAGCAGUAAACAAGAUCAUUAAAUCAUUACAUUUUUAAGGUACUGUCUAACACUUUACGUAAUAUGACACAAAAUUAUCCUAUAAAAUACUGGAGAAAGAUAACAACAGCAACCAACGUUUUUUUAAUUUUUUUUUUUAAUACACACAUAUUAUACAAACCUAAAAUAGGUGAUGUAUAUGUAUUUCUGUUGAAAAAUAACUAAAAACAUAAUUUUAAAAGCUCUUGUAAAACACGAAAGGGUGAAUGAUUUUGCAUGGGACUUUAUCAUACAUUUGUGCAGAAUUCCAUCAUUUUCAUUUAAUGAAAAUGUUAAACAGUACCUUUGAACCAAUCUGAAUUAAAUUAAUCUAAGAAUAGAUGCUAAGACAUCUUUUGUUUACUCUCAGAACAGUGUGUGUGUGCUGUAGAUAUUUCUUGGGUAUGAGGACAGUAUAUAUAUGUAAACAUUGGUAGCUAGCGAAUAUUUAAACAGGUAUAUAGUACACGGUGCACUUAUCCAAAAAAAACAGCUGGUAAUUAAUGGGUGUAGAGGGGAGAGGUUUUAUUUUUUGACAUAUCAAUAAAUACAUAUCAAUAUAUCUUCAUGUAAACUUUUUUUUCAAUAAAAAUAUACAAGUACCGGUAAGUUUAAGUUUAAAGAGAAGAUUAAACUUGAUGAUUAAAUGUGUUUCUUAAUGAAAUGAAUUAUGAUAUGAAAAAUAAGGGCAUUUGUACACACAGAAACCUGGAAAAGUAAUAAAACACGAGGGAUGAUCAUUACUGAUUUAGCAGAAAGUUGUAGACCAAUGUAUAUUGAAAAACAGGUGGCCAAACAGACAUUUGAGUGUAGACAAUGCACAGUGUAUAUAGGUGUGAAGUUUGAUCGUGGAUAUUAACAAGUCCACAAAGUUAACUAUACCGAGUUGAUUCCAUGGUUGUUAUGUUCGUUUCUCAGUGAAUGUGUCACAUAAAGUCUUUUGAGAUGAGAGUUGUUCUUUGAUAGACCAGGAUCUAGACUAAGAGUUAGACCAAGAUCUAGACAAGGAUGUAGACCAUAUUCUAGACGAGUCUAGACUUAAGAUCUGGCCCACCAGCUAGAUCAGAAUCUAGACCAUGAGUCAGACAAAUAUCUAGACCAAGAUCUAUACAAAGAUCUAGAUGAGGAUGUGGACUAAGGUCUGGACCAGAAGUUAGACCAACCAGGAUUGGAGCUAAUGUAUAGUCUAGGAUCUAUAGAGUACCUUGUGGUUAUGCUGCCUUACAAUACAAGAGUGUGUCUUUUUCUCUUCUAAAAAAAUAUUUCAACUGAAGUGACAUUGUAGAGUUGCUGCGUUUUGUGUUGAAUAGUUAGGUUGUAGUUCACUCGUCAACUUGGUAUUUCUUUUGUAGUUCCAUCUGAGGCCUUAUUCAGGAGUAGUUCAUUAAAAGGUUAUCUUUUUUUUGGCAAUUAUAGCAAUUUAAUUCACAGUGAACUACAACAAUAAAUUUGCUGUUAAAAAAUCAUCAGAAUAUACCUGUUUCUUUUCACUACAUAACCAGACAGUUGAUUUUGAACUGCAGACCUAUUUGCAAAACUAUGGUUACCUUUUAAAUCAUAUCAGUCUUACAAUUAACCUUUUUUGUUGGGGUGGGGGUAGGCAAUGAGGGCAUGUUGGAUUGUUUAAGUUCAAGACUUUGGGCAGUCGUUAUCAUGGAAAAAAUUAAAUUUCAGCUUAGUGAAAGUUGAAAAAUUUAUGAUAUUAUUUAUCAUGCUAGAUCAUUUUGAAUUUUUGCAGUUCAAUUGUCUUUAUUCAGCGUUCAUCGGCACAAGUAGAUAGGUCGUAAAGCAAAUCUACAAAAACUUCUCUUUAUUUAUAAACACAUUUUUAUACUCGACUUCUACUACAGAGUUUAUUGGGUGUUUUCACAGAAAGAUAUUUGAUGUGAAUUUUAGUGAUGCAUGUUACUCAGUUUCUUUAUCACUUUUCUCAAGGAGAAAAAAAUAACCAGAAGCCAUUUUGAAUUCUUGGCAUCAUUUUCUCCUGCGUUUUAAAGCAGAGGUAAAGAGUAUAUAUGUCAGAAUGGAUGUAGUUGUAUAGAUUUCUUUCACAUUUUUAGUUUAAUUUUUUUCUGUUUUCUUUUUCAUUUUCUGAUUUCUGAGAGAUAUGUCGGGUAGAACACAUUUAUAGAAGAAAGGUAUUUAUUGAGAAACAUCAAUAAAUCUGAAGUGUACAACAACAGA